AUGAGUGAAAGUAACUAUGUAUUUAGACGGGUAAAGUUACCAGCAAGAGGAGAUAAACUCAGUUCUCCUUUUCAAAAAUUUGACACCUCUGUGCCAAAGAAACAACUGACUGUUGUUGGAAAACAAAGUGGAUUAAAUAAAAACAUUAAAACGAAAGGUGGUAUUACUGCAGCAGAUCUUCAAAGUGCAAAAUUAUCUGCAUUACCGCCAACAAAUUAUAUUGAUGAAAAGUUCAAAGAGAUUUCAGCAUUAUUUGAUAUUUCACCAAAUGAAUCAAGUGAAUUAUCAUAUGAAACUAAAUGGUUACUUCUUCAAAGACACAGUCCUGAUGCUUCUCAAAGUAAAUUAAGAAAUGCUACAUUUGCAGUUUCUUCUUUAAGAUGUGAACCAACACCGACAUUGAUUGAAUCAAUUAUUGUUUUUUUAAGAAAUGAAAAAUGGUCAUCACAAUUUAUUGAGGCAGAUGGUGUAGAAGCAUUAAUUGAUGCAUUAACUUCUUCAAUGAAUGGAUCAGAAAAAAAGAAUGGAGCUGAGGUAUCAAGAAAUUGUCUUAGGGCACUAAGAGUUAUUGCACCCAUAGCAGAAGAUAGAGUAGUUAAAUCAACAGUAUGUGACUUAUUAAUGAAAUGUUUGACAGUUAAUGUAGCAGAUGAAAGAAUUAGAACUGAAGCUACUAUGUUAUUAUGUUUAAUUUCUAAUAAGAAGAAAGGAACAGAAGAAGUUUUAGCUGCAAUUGAUAAAGUUAAAGGUAAAGAAGGUCGGUUUAAAAUUCUUGUAGAAUUAUUUGGAAAAACUGAUGACAGUGAAUUAAAAGCAACUAUUGCCGCUAUGUUCUCAUAUUUAACAAAUAAUGCUGACGAUAUUUUUACUCGUAUCUCAAGACGUGCAGAAUUAACAUUAAGUGGGUUUGAUGAAAAGUGUAAUGGAGAAAAGUCUAAAGCAUCACUAGCAAUGAGCAAAGAUGUCUCUGAUAUUUUAAACCAAAUUGGAAUAUAUGAAAAGUUAAGAAGAGAAGAUGAUGCUAAAAUGAAAGAAAGAUUUAAAAAUAUUCCAAUAUUAAGUGUAGAACAUACUGAUGAAAAACUUAGAGAAGUAUUAGAACAAGCAAGAGCAGAAAUUUAUUAUGUUCAGAUGUUAAAAGAAAUUGAAUUUCUUGUUGGAACUGAUUACAGUAAAAAUAAAAAUGAAACUAUCUUGCAACAAAAAUUAGUUGUAGCUACUAGAUUUAUUAGACAACUUGGUCUUUAUUCAUAUGAAAAUGAUCAACAUAAUACCAUCGAGUUUAAUGAACAUUCAAUAGAUAUUAAUUCUUUAGUCUCAGGAGCUGCAGACUGUCUUGGAAUGGCAAAGUUAUUGGAAGAAAAUGCUACGUUAAAAUUAAAUGGAGGAGUAAAGAAGACAAAAAUUGAUGAUGAAGAGAAAGAGAAAUUAAUUCAACAAAAAAUGGAAGAAAUGAAAAAACAGUCUUCUUUGAUUGCUGAAAAUGAAGAAAAAGUUACAUUAAAGUUAAAAGAAGUAGAAGAAAAAGAAAAAAAGAUCGCCUUGUUAGAAUCAAGCCAAGCUGCUUUAGAUGGGCUUAAAGUCAAGUAUGAUGAACUUAAUGUGCAGCACAAUAACACAAUGGAGGUUAUGAAAAUUCUUACUAAAAAUCCUAAAUUAGUUGAUCACUUAAAAGCUGUAGGUGGAGUGUUUGCUUUUAGUGAAACCGCAGUUCAAAUAGCAGAUAAGAGUCAAGAAGAAGUUGUUAACAAGGAAGAUUUAGACCGAUUAAAGGAUGCUGUUCUUAAGUUGUCUCCAAAAGGUGUUGCAGCACCUCCUUCUAGUACACCAACUGCAGCACCCCCUCCUCCUUCUGGAGUUACUUCAGUCCCACCCCCUCCUCCUCCUCCUGGAGUUACUUCAGUUCCACCCCCUCCUCCUCCUGGAGUUACUUCAGUCCCACCACCACCUCCUCCUCCUGGAAUGCCAGGUAUGCCACCCCCUCCACCUCUUCCUGGAGUACCAGGCAUGCCACCACCCCCACCUCCUCCUGGAAUGCCGGGCAUGCCACCUCCACCUCCUGGAAUGCCAGGUAUGCCACCUCCACCUCCUGGAAUGCCAGGUAUGCCACCUCCACCUCCUGGAAUGCCAGGUAUGCCACCUCCACCUCCUGGAAUGCCAGGUAUGCCACCACCUCCUCCUGGAUUUGGAUUUAGACCACCUGGAGCACCAGCACUUAAAGUUCAAACAACAUUAAGUAAAUUAAAGCAGCCAAAGAAUAAGUUAAAAGCUGUUCAAUGGCAAAAAAUACCAGAAAGACAAUUAAACAAUACUAUAUUUAGUAAAAUGGAAGGGGACGUUGCUGUUAGUGAAUGUUUUGAUGACUUAGAGGAAAUGUUUAAACAAAAAGAAGUUGUGGUAAAAAAGGAAGACACUAGCAAAUCAAAUAAAAUUCAGUAUGUUGGUAUAUUUGAUGGAAAAAAAUCACAAAACAUUAAUAUUAUGUUGAACAAAUUUAAAGGAGUAUCUGUAGAAACAAUAAUUGACAAUAUCAAUUCACUAGACAUGACUUUGUUUGAUGAAGUCUCAUUAAUAGAAGGUCUCAAAAAUGCACUUCCAGUUGCAUCAUCAGACAAAGAUGAACCCGGGUUAUUAAAAGAUUAUUAUGAACACCCUGAAAAGUAUGUUGGAAAACAAUUAGAUCCAUCUGAAAUAUUCUCAUACAAAUUAAGUCAAUGUUCUAAUGCAGAGAAGAAAUUAGAUGUUAUGACGAAAUUACUUCAGUUCCCAGGUAAAUUUGAUGAUUGUUCUCGCAAUGUAAAAACAUUAUUAACAGCAUCAACACAAUUAUGUGAAAGUAAAUCAUUCUUAAAACUACUUGAAGUAAUUUUGAUCAUUGGUAAUUAUAUGAAUAAAGCAAGUAAAAAGCCAAUUACUUGUGGAUUUAAAAUGAGUGUUUUAGGGAAGUUAGCAGAUACAAAGUCUAAUGAUAACCAAAAGAAUUUAGUUUAUUUCUUAUGUAAAUAUAUUCAUGAGAAACAUCCAGAUUUAUCUCAUUGGAUGGAAGAGGUUGAAGCAGUUGUACCAGCAGUACGUGUUAUGGGAAGUGAAGUUGAGUCAACAUUUGCUGAUUUAAAAAAGACAGUUGCAGGAUUUGAUGCAACCAUUGCUCAAUUACAAAAAACACCAGGAAAUGAAGGAUUUGUUGCAGAAUUAUCACAACUUAAUUCAGGGUAUUCAACCAAUAUGUUAGUCCUUGAAAAUGAUAAAAAGAAAUAUGAUGUUCAAUAUUCAAAAGUAUGUCAGUUAUAUGGUGAAGAUACAAGUAAAUUACCUAAAAGUGAAGACUUCUUUAAGAAUUUCAAAGAUUUUUAUGAAAGCUAUGAAAAAGCAGAACAAAUGUAUCAAGAAGAUAAAGCAAAGGCUGAGAAAGAAGCAAAGAAAGAAGCAGAAAAGAAAAGAAAAAUGGAAGAACAAGAAAGAAAAGCUAAAGAACGUGAAGCAAAGAAAAAACAACAAGAAGCCAUGGUUGAAGGUAUGGCAGAAGAUAUGGUUAAACCAAUAAAGAAGGUAAAGAAAGUAAAAAAGUCUAGAAAAGAAACUAUGGAAGUUGAUUUUGAAAAAGAUUUAGCUGAAGAACGUAAGUUGGCUCAAGACAAACCUGAAGAUGAACCUGUCAAGAAAGUUAGAAAAAUUGUUAAACGAAAAGUUCAUAAGAAAGCUACUGUGGUUACCGAAGAAAAUUAA